CAAGAACAUUUUGGAAGCUAGCUAGCUCACUGGUAGCUUCUCAAUUACUCUACCUUGUGAUCUGUAAGUGGCCCAAGCAAAGAAACCCUACCUCUCUCGCACACAUUUCCACCAUCUUCAUCACCAGUUUCAUCAUUUGAGCUUCUGAUAAACCAUGAAGGACAAACUCUGUUUCCUCAUGCUAACUCUGCAAAUUCUUGCUUGGGUUUCUGAAGCAACGAGAUCAUUCCCACAAACCGAUGCUAUUUCUUAUCCAGGCCCACAAGAGGCUCCACAGUCAUCGCCAUACAAAACAUCAGAACCAACAAACAAGAAGGGUAUGGCAGAGACAAUGCUAAAAGAAGAAGAAGAAGAAGAAGGGUAUGAAAGAAGAGGGGCUGGGAAUGUGGGGUCAAGCCCACCAAGAUGUGAACACAAAUGUUAUGGAUGCACACCAUGUGAAGCCAUUCAAGUGCCAAGCAUUAGCAGAAGAAGCCAUUUGGCUAUUCAAUAUGCAAACUAUGAGCCUGAGAGCUGGAAAUGCAAGUGUGGUCCUUCCUUCUACAGCCCUUGAAUAAUGAAAUAUUAUAUUAUUGUCAUGUUCAUACUAAGCCUAUGUUAAUGUUAAUACAAUCUAGUUCAUUGAUUUGAUCAUUU